GACAAAGACGGGAGGAAUCAGAGAAGAAAUGAGACAGAAAAGGGGUGAGACAGGAGGAGUAGAAAUAGAGGAAGAGAGGGAGACAGAAAAGGACAAGGGCAGAGAGAGAGACUGAGAGAGAGAGAGCGAGUCAGAGAGGCAGGGAGAGAGAACGAGCGUGUAACUUAAGAUCAGCGCAGCCCCCCAGCCCCACAGUGUCCGUGGCAGGCAGCAGGCUGCUCUCUCUCCUCUAGACGCUGGCUCCUUGCUCAUGACAGGACAGGGCGGGGUGCGGAGUGGCACGGCGCGGGACCCACCUGAGUGCAGCCCGAGAGGUCCAGGUGGACGAGCCUGUGGCAGCCCUUCCCUGUGGUCAGGGUCGCCACAGCGAUAACCAGCCUUCGAAGGUACCCGCCUUGGGCCCACUCACCCCGCCCCUAGCUGCCCCGGCCGGCCGGAGGAUGCGCGUGACUGUGGUGUUGUUAGUGUUCCUGCUUUGGGGGUCCCCCGUCGUUGGGGAGGCCCGGCGUGGAGCGGGGCGAACCAGGGCUCGUAGCAGGGUGCGGCAGGGCACCGCCAAACGCUUCGCCGAGGAGUGCGUGGAGUACACAGAGGCUGGGGAGCGGUACCUGGAUUGCCAAGAGCGGAGGUUGAGUGCGGUGCCGGCUGGCCAGCACAGUGAUGUACACCACCUGCUGCUGGCCCGCAACCAGAUCCACGUCCUUCCGGACGAUGCCUUUGCCCACUUCCCCAACCUGAGGAGCCUGGACCUCCAGCAGAACGGGCUGAGCCGGGUGUCGCGCCGGACCUUUGCGGGACUUGCCCGGCUCACCACGUUGCUGCUGCAGCACAAUGGCCUGCGCAGCCUCGACGAGGAGACACUCUUGCCCCUGACUCGCCUCGCCUACCUGCGUCUCUACGACAACCCCUGGGAUUGCCGCUGCCAACUUGACAGUCUGGUCAGGACCCUGCAGGUGCCCGGCAACCGUAACCUAGGGAACUACGCUGAAUGCGCGGAGCCACACACGCUCAGGGGCCACAGGUUGAAGAGGGUGAAGCCAGAGCGGCUGUGUUCAUCACUGGAGGAUAAUGCCCUGCAGCAGCCGGAGGGACCAGACACGAAGACCACCGGCAGCGUACAGCACCCCUACACCAGCACCGCAUGCAAAACCGACAUGUCGCUGCUGGACUGCCGUGACGGAGAGCUGAUGAACGUUCCAGUGGACCUUCCACCAUACUAUGUUAAUAUCGACUUGUCCAAAAACAACAUCAAACAUCUCAGGGCUAAGAUGUUUUUGGGCUCCAAGGAUUUGAAAUCGCUGAACCUCAGCAACAACGGCCUGGAGCUUGUUGAUACAGCUGCCUUUGCUGGCCUGCUGUAUCUUCGGGAGCUGGACCUGUCCAACAACAGCCUGCACUAUAUCCAAUAUGGUGUCCUGGAGGAUCUAUACUUCAUUCGAAGGCUGGGGCUGGGAGGAAACCCAUGGGUGUGUGACUACAAUAUCCACUACCUGCUCUACUGGCUGAAGCUGCACCCUGGCGUUCAGCACUCUGGUCUUAUCUGCCAUUCCCCGGCCGAGUUUGCCGGGUGGUCAGUGCAGGAGUACGUCAGGACCUACAAUGAGGACUGCCCCAAGGACAGAGUGCCGGGCCAAAACAUGGCGCCGGACCCCGGCACCCAAAACACCAGUAACCAGGAACCCAAUGCACUAGAAGUUAUGGGUAAAAUCGGCCAAUACUCCAAAGACCAGCUGCCAAGGCCUUUGAGGGCCUCAAAGAGAUAUGUCCCUGUCAGAGUUAAAACCAAGCGACAAAACUGACAGCUUUUACAGAACUGCCCUUUUUGCAGGAUAUUCUAAUUUGGUCUGGGUCCCAUGACAAAGUCUUUUACAUUUUUUUACCCUAGCAUUUUUUUUUUUUGGGGGGGGGGGGGGUUUAAACUACUUCCUUGUAUCCCGAUUUUAAAUCGUUUAAGGGUCUGUGUGGUUUCAUCCUUUUUCUGUCAAUAAACUGAGGAAGUUUAAAAGCCUCUCAAACAGCUACUUAGCAAAUGUAUGAAAGCGAUCGAAAACAUGGAAUAAGUAAAAAAAAAAAAAAAACCUAACUGCAGAUCUGACGAGGUUCACUGCUUUAAUAAAGACCAUCAAAGUUUAAUAUAGGGUGCGGAGUCAAAGAUAAACAGGGAAAAGUGCUGAAUCACACGUUAACAUCUAACCAUUACAGCAGUAAUAUUGUGGUAUCUGGAGAUUUACUUCAGAUGGCUGCAUGUCACAGUACCAGCACAGGAUUUAUUGGGCAGGGAAAGAACAGUUUGGCCAACCGGACUAUUUCUGAGCAGAAACACAUGCUGAAAAACUACAGGGGAGCUUGGAACUGCAAUGCUUACCAGCGCACUCAAAGCUGGGCCACUGGAGGGCGCUACAACCUCGCAUGUUCAGAUGGACCACAAAGGGGCGAUACCGCUGCAGGAUUCGCACGGCCGCACUGUCCUCGACGUGAUCUUUUUCCACAGAGAAGUUGAUCUGAGCGAAAAGGGGAAGCAGAGAGAUAAAAUAAAACGUAUCAGUCUCUUUAAGAAAGGGAGGAAAGUGGAACAAGGGAAACACUGUGACACUUUCGUCGUGUCUGAAUUAUAAUGACCGGCGGACAUAUCACAAUGAACUGACCUUGCCCCAGAGAGAGGACAUCUGGGUGAUGGCCUUCCAUGAGUGGCUCACCUGGGCACACCUGAGAAGGUCUCUAACGGGCAGGUAUUGGAGGAUCUAUGCACAGGACACAGGUUCAGUACUUUGCUAUAGACCAGUGUUUCCCAGUCCAGUCCUUGGGGACUCAGGGUCGGUCCAUGUUUUUGCUCCCUCCAAGCUCCCUGCCUGACAGUCCACAUUUUGUUCCCUCCUAGCUCUCUACUGGGAGCUGUCUGUGGGUCCCCGAGGACUGGACUGGGAAACACUGCUCUAGACCUCAGUAAGUGGGGUAGUGGGGAAGGGGGGGAGGCUCAACUUUAGGUUGUUGGUCUUAACUGCAUUUAUGAUCAUGAUUAUGACCACCAGCAUCAAUAUGUGGACAUCUAUUGCACAUCCAUUGUGUCAGUACACAUUUCCUAACCACUACCAUCCAGGACAGGGUUGUGGUGAACGUGAGGACUAUAGCAGGAGUCACCAGGUACAAGGCAGGGGAUGCCAAUGCAUCCCACGACACAAAACAUACGGGCAAUUUCAGAGAUACCAGUUCACACACCUGCAUGUCUGUGGACCGUGAGAGGAAUCCUGCACAACGGAAGUAGAACAUUGAGAUGUUUUGGAAUUUUGCAACUCUACACACAACACAGAGGGCGUGAAGCAGCACUGUUACCCAUUAGUCUGACCACAUAAUUAAAUAUUAUGUUUGACUAUUUACACCCUCCCUUUAAAAUUUUACAUCCUAUGAAUUUGCUAAAUAUUUUUGAUUGAUGUGUUGCUACAUGUGGGUCAUUUGUAUGAAAAUCAUGUUAAAGAACAAAAUAUACUUAUACUUUAAACCAUAA